AUGUUGUAUUUUACGCAGGUGUUGGACUUGAGCACGUGGGAGUGGGUAGAAAUCGAACCGACGGGAGAACUGCCAGAACCCCGAUCAGGGCAUCAGACCGUGGUUGUGAAGGACGCCUUAUACGUGUGCGGCGGAUGGAACUCGGUACAGCAAUUUGACGAUCUCUUCAUCCUCGACACCAAGACUUGGGCGUGGAGUAAGGCUGACUGCGGGAGUGGGAGUGCAUGGGGGCCUCCCAGGUGGAACCACUCGGCCGUGGGAGUGUUUGCUGUCCCGCACUGGAAAGUGUUCGUGUUCGGAGGCAACAGCGGGAACCUCGCGGAGGGAGGAAACCCGCAGGGGGAUUUUCGGAACGACCUGUGUGUGCUCAACACGGGAAGCAACACGUGGACCGCGACGUCUGUCGUAGGAGAGCUACCCGAGCCGAGGUCCGAUACUCAGAUCACUGGUAUGGGGUUCUCUUCAACCUCUGGGUCCGUGAACGUAAGGUUCGCCUGUCCCAAGGGCUUUGUCGAGACGGAAGGGCGAGUCGUGAACGAUACCGAGGUGUCCUUCCAUACACCCAGUUUCGAGAAGUUCGGCCCCAUGCAGGUGGAAUGCCGGCUCUCAAUCGGUCCGAAAGGUCUCACCAAUACCAAGGUCAACUUCCAGUACUUCAGCGUGGGAGACGCCACUAAGACAGUGGCGUUCGGGCCGGGGCUUCUGCACGGCACGGCACCAGCUGUACCCGUGGUGUUUAUGAUACAGGCUCGGGACAAGAUUGGGAAUGAUCGCGUUUGCGGUAUGGACGAGUUCCGUGUGGAAGUGGUGAAUGUCGCUGAAGAGGCGGAACGGCUAAAAGAGGCGGCCAAGGCGGCAGCUAAGUCCAAGGAUAAGGAAGGGGAGGAAGAAGAAGAGGAGGUUGUUCCUGGCAUUGCCUCUAGCAUACAGGACAACAUGGACGGGACCUACCUGGUGUCGUACACCCCCCCUAGCGCCGGUGAAUACCGGGUGUCCGUGGAAUUCCUCGGGACGUUCCAGGGGAUUGCCGGGCCCAUCUGCGGGUCACCGUUCACUUCCGUGUGCGAGGAUGGCUCAGACCCGGAAAAUAACUCGCUGAACGGACCAUUGCUGAUGUCCACCAUCAAGGACUCGACGAAAGAGCUCAAGGACUACUCCACGAAGACCCUCAAGGGCCUCAAGAAGAACAUUCCCAAGGACGACCGGCACGAGCUUAUCAAGUGCAAGGAGUACCUCAAGGAAACGGAGGCUCGUCGCCAGGAGCUGGAUCUGCGGAUAAAUGCCAACCGUGCGGCGCUCUUCGUCUUGAGGAAGAAGGGCGAAAAGAACGUCGACCGGCUCUUGGACACGCUGGAUAAUGCUGCCACUGUGUGGACAGAUGUCAAGGCUCAGGCCCCAACCACGCAGCAAAACUUAGUCCCGCUGACGAAGCUGUGGUCGGAGAAGACGGAAGAAGAGAUUGAAGCGUACCAGGGCGUUGUUAAGGAACAGUUGAAAGAAUUCAAGGUGCGACCCUUCUGGGAGUUCGAGUGCGGGGCAGAGGAGGGCAGGAAGGCGUUGGGCGAGGCCGAGGACGCCCUGGCGAAGGAAAGGAAAAAACUGGACGCAGCAACUCAUUUAUGCGCGCUAUUCGAGUUCCCGGACGCCAUCAAGGAGAGCCAGCGGAUGAUUGCGGACAUGGAGUCCAACUGCAAGCUCAUGUACAAGGUAUGGGACGUGUGCGAAGAGCUGCAGACCUUCAUCCAGGACAGCAAGGAGGUGCUUUGGUCAGAGGUGACACCUGAAGCGCUCGAGGACGACGCAAAAACGCAGAUGAAAAAUGUGAAGGCGGCGGGGCACAAGGAUAUCCGGUGGUGCGGCGCUUACAAGGCUGAGGACAAGCUUUGCAAGGACUUCCUCAAUACCAUCCCGCUCAUUUCGUUGCUCGGGAACAAAGCCAUGAGACCUCGGCACUGGAUGAUGUUGAUGAAAGCAACAGGCAAGGAUUUCGUCCCUCCGUACCAAGAUCCUCAGCUCAAGCUAGGGGGCCUUCUCGCCCUCAAUCUGCACGAGUUCAGCUCUGAUGUGGAGGAGAUUGCGGACCAGGCCAUCAAAGAGGAAAAGAUGGAGGUCACCUUAGCGCAGCUGGCAGAGCGGUGGAACAACAUCGUCUGGGGCAUGGACCCUUACAAGGGUGGAGAUGUUCCUCUACUGAAGAUGGCGGAAGAGGACUUCGAGGCACUCGAGGCGGACCAGCUGGUGGUGCAGGGCAUGAUGGCUUCGAGAUACCUCGCGCAGUUCGAGGAGGUGGUGAGCGGCUGGCAGACCCAGCUCAGCAUGGUCAGUGAUGUGUUCACCAUUCUUCAGGAAAUUCAGCGAACGUGGUCUUACCUGGAGCCCUUGUUCAUUGGCUCCGAAGAAGUGAAGAAAGAGCUUCCGGAAGACGCCAAGCGUUUCGAAGGCAUCGAUACCGAUGUCAAGGCUCUCUUGAAAAGUAUGUGGGAGAAAAAGAGCGUGCGAGAUGGUUGCAACACAGACGGCUACCUGGAAAAGCUGGAGUCAAUCCAAGAGCAACUGGAGCUCUGCAAGAAGAGUCUGGCGGACUUCUUGGACGGGCGGAGGCGGCAGUUCCCCCGCUACUACUUCGUGUCAGAGGCAGAUCUGCUUGACAUCCUAUCCAACGGGUCGGACCCCAACAAGAUUCUCGUCCACACUCCCAAGGUCUACCUUUGCUGCAAGACCUUGGUCUUAGGAGACGAGCUCAUGCCAUCUGGCAGGCCAAAGGCUGUACGGCUGGUGUCGGGAGUCGGCAGCGAGGAGGUCGAGUUCGAGCCUGCCAUCCCCCUUGAGGGCAAGGUCGAAAUAUACAUGCAGGAUGUCCUCGACGUUACCAAAGCAUCGCUGUACAACAACCUCAAACGCUCCCUCUCUCGCUACAGUGAGAUGAGCCGACCAGAAUGGCUCAUGCACAAGAAUCCUACAUCAGGGCGGCCGAGCGAUCCGGCACAAAUCAUUUUGCUCACACUGGCCAUCAACUACGUCUCCGAGGUAGAAGCGGCGUUCAUCGAAGGCCAGAAGGGCAAGCAAAACGCUCUGACGCACUACAACAAACAACAGAUCGAUCAGCUCAAUGACCUCAUCAGGCUCACGCAGUCAGACCUGACCAAGGGCGACCGCACGCGAGUCAUGGUUUGCAUCACGAUGGACGCCCACGGUCGUGACGUUGUUCAGAAAAUGGCGAGGGAGGGCGUAACCAUGGCGACCGAGUUCCAAUGGCAGUCCCAGCUAAAGCACAAGUGGCGCGUGCCUCCACCGUCUGCUAGUUUCCAAAACCGAGACCCACAGCUACGGGGCCCCGGCGGCGAGCGCGCAGAAAUCGCCAUCGCGGAUGCCACCCUGCCCUACGACUACGAAUACCUCGGGAACGGGCCGCGGCUGGUUAUCACGCCACUCACUGACCGGAUCUACGUGACGGCCACACAGGCUCUGAACCUGAAGAUGGGGUGUGCUCCGGCUGGCCCUGCCGGAACCGGAAAGACAGAGAGCACCAAGGACCUGGCGAAUGCGCUCGCCAAGUGUUGUUACGUGUUCAAUUGCUCUCCAGAAAUGGACUACCAGGGCCUCGGGAAUAUUUUCAAAGGGUUGGCGUCGUCUGGCGCUUGGGGUUGCUUCGACGAGUUCAACAGGCUCAUUCCCGAAGUUUUGAGCGUGUGCUCUGUUCAGUUCAAGGCCGUAUGCGACGGAGUGAAGGCCGAGGCCGCUCGAAUCGUAAUUGAGGGCGACGAAGUUAGCCUCGACCCAACAUGCGGAGCUUAUAUUACGAUGAACCCGGGUUAUCUGGGUCGGUCUGAACUUCCUGAAGGUCUCAAGGCCCUCUUCCGGCCGAUGACAGUCAUGGUGCCCGACCUUGUUCUCAUCUGUGAGAACAUGCUCAUGGCUGAAGGGUUCAUCGAGGCCAAGGUUCUCGCAUCCAAGUUCUACGGACUCUACUCUCUCCUUCGUGAGCUGCUCUCAAAGCAGAUGCACUACGAUUGGGGGCUUCGCGCCGUCAAGUCCGUGCUCGUGGUUGCGGGAGCCUUUAAGCGAGCAGAGCCGGAGCUGGCCGAAGACGCCUUGCUCAUGCGCGCUUUGAGAGACUUCAACAUCCCCAAGAUCGUUCGAGAGGACGAGGUCGUCUUCUUCGGUCUUCUCGGCGACUUGUUCCCUGGGCAAAACCCUCCCCGGAAAGUUGACGAAGAGCUCGAGCACUUCGUGGUGAAGGCUUGCGAAGUGACUGGAAAUCACCCGGAUGAUCUCUUCUGCCUAAAGGUCGUCCAACUUGAGGAACUCCUUCAGAUUCGGCACUGCGUAUUCGUCAUGGGCCCGCCCGGUGCAGGAAAGAGUCAAUCGUGGAAGACAUUAGCGGCUGCACGGAAGCUCCGGACGCCCGACAAUUUGACCAAGAUCAUGGACGUUAAUCCUAAGUCGAUCAAGACGGAGGAGCUCUACGGCUUCAUCUCGAUGGCCACUCGAGAAUGGAAAGACGGGCUCCUUUCGAAGGUAAUGCGCGAUUUGGGAAACAUCCCAGACGAGAAACCCAAGUGGAUCCUCCUCGACGGUGAUCUCGAUGCAAACUGGAUCGAAAGCAUGAACUCAGUCAUGGACGACAACAGGAUGCUCACCCUGGCGUCUAACGAACGCAUCCCCUUGAAGUCACACAUGCGAAUGAUCUUCGAGAUUCGGGACCUCAAGUACGCCACGCCUGCGACCGUGAGUCGGGCCGGUAUAUUGUACAUCUCCACCGACGACGGCACGCAGUGGGUCAGCCUUAUCCAGUCUUGGCUCAAGAACAGAGAGGAACCGCAGAACAUCAAGGAUGCCUUCCAGGGUUUCUUCGACGAGUAUGUCGGAGCUUGCUUGCUGUGGAUGAAGAUCAACGUCAUGCCGAUUGUUCCGGUGGAGGACAUGGCCCUCGUACAGGUCUUGCUCUACAUGAUGGACGGCCUGCUCACACCGGCGAACACGAGUACGGUGGAGGAGCUCGAGAAGGUCUUCGUGUUCUGCAUGAUCUGGGCGAUGGGCUCCGCCCUCACCGUCUCAGACGACGGAACAGACUACCAGAAGUUGUUCAGCGACUGGUGGCGAGGCGAAUGGAAGAAGGUGAAAUUCCCCAGCCGUGAAACGGUGUUCGACUACUGGCUUGAUCCGGAGACUGGGUCGUUCGAGCAAUGGACCAAGAGCCCAUACUUCUUCUCCAUCGACUACGAUUCGAGAGUGACGCCAAUGACUCAGAUAACUGUGCCUACGCCCGAGACCUGCUCCGUCACUUUCUGGAUGCAACUUCUGGUAAAGAUGCGGAAGCCUGUCAUGAUGGCCGGGCCAUCUGGCACGGGCAAGACCCAGAUGGUAAUGGGCAUGCUAAAAAUGCAGAACCCGGACGAGUUGACGUUCCAGUCCAUCAACUUCAACUUCUACACGACUUCUGCCGUUCUCCAAAACACGAUGGGACUGCCUCUUGAGAAGAAGACCGGGACCAACUUCGGUCCGCCGGGAAACAGCAAGCUCGUGUACUUCUUGGACGACCUCAACCUCUCGGAGGUGGAUCCGUACAACACCCAAUCAGCCAUUGCCCUCUUGCGACAACACAUGGAGUACGAGCAUCAGUACGAUCUGGCCAAGCUCAGCCUGAAAAAUAUUGCCAACACUCAGGUGGUUGCAUGCAUGAACCCGACCGCAGGAAGCUUCCUGGUCAACCCUCGCCUACAGCGCUGGUUCGCGACGUUCGCUAUCGGCUUGCCUGGCCCUACAUCGCUUCUCACAAUUUACCAGACCAUUCUGGACGGGCAUUUGCAGCACUUCGACCCCGAGAUUGCAGGACAAUCGAGCAACAUGAUCAAAGCUGCGCUCGGACUCCACAAUCAGGUUGCUGCAAACUUCCGGAAGACAGCGACGAACUUCCACUACGAGUUCAACAUCAGGCACCUGAGUAACGUGUUCCAGGGACUGCUCGUGGCACAACCAGACCAGUUUAAAACGGCGGAGAAGUUCGUGCUCCUGUGGAUGCAUGAGAGCGAGCGGGUCUACGGGGACAGGCUGGUUUCAACGGAGGACCUGAGCAAGUACAACGCGUUAGCGCAGCAACAAUCCAAGAAGCUUUUCCCAUCGUUCAACAUGUCCAAGUUCUAUGCGGCGGAGAACGCCGACCCUCUGGUGUUCUGCCACUUCGCAGAGAACAUUCAAGACCAAAUAUACGACCAGGUUACUUCGCUGAAUUCCAUGUCGGGUAUCCUCGAGGAUGCUCUCAGGGAGUACAACGAGACCUACGCCACCAUGGACCUCGUGCUUUUCGAAGACGCCAUGAAGCACGUUGCACGCAUCGUUCGCAUCGUGCUCAACGACGGAGGCCAUGCGCUGCUGGUGGGUGUCGGCGGGUCGGGCAAGCAGUCGUUGAGCCGUCUCGCGGCCUUUAUCUGUGGAUACUCCGUCAGCCAGAUCGUCAUUAGCUCGACGUACUCGAUCAAUGAUCUUAAGGAGGAUCUCAAGACGAUGUACAACAAGGCUGGAAACAAGGAUGAAGGCCUCAUGUUCCUGCUCACUGACAGCCAGAUCACCAAUGAGCGGUUCCUGAUCUACAUCAACGAUCUGUUGGCCUCCGGCAACAUCCCUGAUCUGUUCGCAGUGGACGAAGUCGACUCUAUUGUAAAUAACAUGACGAGCAAGGUCAAGGCGGAGGGUCUCGUCCCGGACCGGAAGAACUGCUGGGAGUUCUUUAUCAAGCUCAUCCGGAAGAACCUGCACGUUGUGCUGGCCUUUUCUCCGGUCGGCGACGAUUUCCGUAACCGUGCCAAGAAGUUCCCUGCCCUCGUUAACUGCACCGUUAUUGACUGGUUCCAACCCUGGCCAAGGGAUGCCCUGUUCAGCGUUGGGCGAAAAUUCCUCUCGGAGAUGGAUCUAGGCUCUGACGGGAUCCGAGCAGCGAUCGAACGAUUCCUACCGUUGUCUUUCAAAGUUGUCAACACCGCGGCGGAGGCCUUCAAGGCCGCAGAGCGCAGGCACGUGUACACCACCCCCAAGUCUUUCCUCGAGCUCCUUAAGCUGUACAACGUUCUCCUGUCCUCGAAACGGGAGAGUCAAGACAACGCCAUCGAGCGACUGACGACCGGGCUGCACAAGCUCCGCGAAACAAAGGAUGCUGUGACAUCUCUCGAAGAAGACCUGAAGAUCAAACUUGAAGAUGCUGAGCAGAAGAAAACUGUGGCCGAAGGAAUUGCGGAAACAGUGAGCAGGGAAAAGGCUAUCGUCGAGGUGGAAACAGCAAAGGCGCAGGUCCAGGCUGAACAAGUCGCCAAGACGCAAGCAGAAGUGAGCAUCAAGCAACGAGACACCGAAGCCGACCUCGCGAAAGCUGAGCCUGCCGUCGAGGCUGCUAUGGCUGCCUUGGACACCCUUAACAAGAAGGAUCUCGGAGAGUGUAAGACCAUGGGAACGCCACCAAAGGGGGUUGACGACGUCUUCGCGGCCACCAUGGUUCUGUUGGCCGGCACAAGCCCGUCUGUCAUCACCACCAAGGCUGGAAAAGUCAAAGACCGGUCUUGGGACGCAGCGAAGAAGCAACUGCUCGGCGACAUCGGAGGAUACAUCGAACUGUUGAAGGGUCUGAAGGCGGGGGUUGACGACAACACUAUCCCGGCAAUCUGCUGGAAAGAAAUCAGGCCAUUCUUGGCUCUGGAGCACUUCACCGUGGAUAUCAUUCAAUCCAAGAACUCGGCGGCUGCGGGUGUCUGCUCCUUCGUUCUCAACAUCGUCAUGUACUACGACAUCGUCGUCACCGUGGAACCCAAACGCUUGGCGCUGGCCGAGGCCAACGAACAGCUCAACGAAGCCAACUCCACAUUAAAGCAAGUGCAAGAACAAGUGGCGGAGUUGGAGGCAAAGCUCGCGAAGCUCACAGCCGAGUUCAAUGCUGCUAACAAAGACAAGCAAGAAGCGUUGGAGUCCGUGUCAAAGGGGCAGCGCAAGCUUGACCUUGCGCAGCGAUUGACCGGGGCCUUGAGCUCGGAGAACGACCGUUGGGCAGAAAACGUCAUCCAGCUCCGGGCUGACAUGGAGCUUCUCACAGGCGAUGUACUCCUAGCCGCCGCGUUUAUCAGCUAUGUCGGGCCGUUCACCAAGACGUUCCGCGACCAGCUCAUGGGACAGGAGUUUUUGCCUUUCCUGCAAAAGGAGUUCCAGGCGGCUGUAGGAGAGGAAGGGUCGCUUCCGAUGUCGGCCGAUCCAGACCCCAUCAAGACACUCACUACGGACGCCGAGGUUGCCGGCUGGAAUAGCGAUGGCCUCCCGAACGAUCAGGUUUCUACGGAGAAUGGAGCUAUCGUUACCAACUCGGCCAGGUGGCCUCUCAUCAUUGACCCACAACUUCAGGGCAUCAAAUGGAUCCGCACCAAGGAGGCUUCGCCAGAACGAAACUUGGAGGUUGUUCGCCUCGGUCAGCCGGAUAUGCUACGCAAGCUCGAAAAGGCCCUCGAGAACGGACACUCCAUCCUGAUUGAGAACUUAGGCGAGACACUAGAGGCCGUUCUCACGCCGGUGAUCCAGCGUGCAGUCAUCUAUCGCGGCCGAAAGAUGUACAUCAAGCUGGGAGACUCGGAAGUCGAAUUCCAUCCCGACUUCAGGUUGUUCUUGCACACAAAGCUGUCCAACCCGCAUUUCCCACCAGAAAUUCAGGCUGAAACCACUCUCAUUAACUUCACCGUCACCAUGCGGGGACUGGAAGACCAGUUGCUCAACCUCGUCGUCCGAAAAGAGAGGCCAGACUUGGCGGACCUCGGCGAACAGCUGGUCGAGCAGCAAAACGGGUUCAAGAUCAAGAUGAAAGAGCUCGAGGAUAACAUCCUCUACAAGCUAGCCACAGCGGAAGGUGACAUCACGGAGGACGUCGAGCUCAUAGAAGGACUGGAGGAGACGAAACGAAUAGCAACUGACAUCGAGGCACGGUCAGCCUUGGCGAAAGAGACGCAGGUCAGCAUUCGGGUCACGAGCGAGAAGUACAGGCCGGUGGCGAACAGGUCGUCGCUGUUGUUCUUCCUCAUGAACGACCUCGUCAAGAUCCACUCCUACUAUAUCUAUUCGCUCGCGGCUUUCACAAAGGUGUUUUACCAGGGCAUUGAUAAGGUCAGCAAGGCGGUCGAUGAGCCGCCUCCACCCGACGACGACCCCUCCGUCGAUGGAGAGCCAAAGGCCGAGGGCGCGGAGGGCGAAGCUGGCGGGGAGGGCGGGGGUGACGGGGCGGCCGAUGCAGCCGAGGACUCGCCGACAAAGGAAGACGACGAUGCGGAAGAAGAAGAAGUAGAAAAAGUGGAGAUGACCGACGAGGAACUAGCAGCAAGGUGUGUCAUAUUGGUUGACGCGGUCACGACGACAGUGUUCAACUACGUUCGGCGAGGGCUCUUUGAGCGCGACAAGCUCACCGUGGCUACCAUGCUGACUCUCAAAAUCUUGGUGAACGACGGUAUCCUCGGCCAGGAAGAGGUCGACUACCUCGUCAUGUCAAAGGCGUCCAUGGAUCCAGGAAACAUGGGCCCUCUAGGAGAAUGGCUUCCGGAAACCAUCUGGCCUAAGCUCAAGUCCUUGGAGAGGAUCAAGCGCUUCCAAAAUAUCGGAGAUGCCAUGCAGUCCGACUCUGAUGACUGGCAGGCGUGGUUCGACGAUGAGAAAGCCGAUCAGGCCAAACUGCCCGGAGAGUUCGAAAAGUCGUUGAAUGCAUUCGACAGACUGAUCCUGCUGAGAGCGAUGCGUCCGGACCGCGUGUCCACUGCUUUGGCCAAGUGGAUUGGGCAGACAAUGGGAACGAACUAUGUCCUGCAACAGCCUUACAACAUGGCGGAGACGUAUAUAGAGACUUCUCCUGCGACCCCCAUGUUCUUCGUGCUCUUCCCCGGCGUUGACCCGACUCCAUGGGUGGAAAGCCUCGCCAGAACUCUGGACAUCACAACUGAGAAUGGAAAAUUCAUCAACAUAUCGAUGGGACAAGGACAGGAGAAACCGGCGGAGGGUGUUGUUGAGAGGUUCGCGAGGGACGGUGGGUGGGUCUUGCUUCAAAACUGUCACUUGAUGCAGAGCUGGGUCCCCAGCCUAGAGCGUUUGCUUGAGAUUGUGCAGCAGGGAGCACACGACACCUUCCGGUGCUUCAUCUCCGCGGAGCCCCCCCCGAUGGCCAGCAUGAAAAACAUGCCUGAGAGCCUUAUGCAAUCAUGCAUCAAGGUUGCGAACGAGGCUCCUGCGGACAUCAAAUCGAAUUUGACCCGAGCGUGGGCUAACUUCAACCAGGAGAAGAUCGAUGGCUGCAACAAGCCGACCGAAUACAAGGCGUGUCUGUUCAGCUUAUGCUGGUUCCACUCCAUCGUGCUAGGCCGACGAAGAUUCGGGCCGCAGGGUUGGUCUCGGCCGUACUCGUUUAACACUGGCGACCUCACCAUAUGCGCCAAUGUCCUGGGUUCAUACCUGAAUGACAACCCUCAAGUACCUUGGGACGAUCUGCGCUACAUUUUCGGAGAGAUCAUGUACGGUGGGCACAUCACCGACCCUUGGGAUCGUCGAACAAACAACGUCUACUUGGAGGUGCUCUUCACCGAGGGUCUGUUCUCCGCCAUGGAGUUGGGUCCAGGCUUCAAGGCACCAGACCCGAACGUCUACGAUUUCCAGGGGUUCCUCGACUACACAGACAAGGAGCUACCCGCCGAAAGUCCCCCCCAGUUCGGGCUCCACCCCAACGCCGAGAUCGGAUACUUGACCAACAGCUGCGAAAGCCUAUUCAAAGCUAUUCUCAACAUCGCAGGCGCCAGCGGUGGAGGUGGUGGCAGUAGCGAUUCGAUCAUCAAAGAUACUAUGGCUGAUCUCCUGGAGCGGCUUCCUGACAACUUUGAGAUGAUCACCAUGCAGCUCCGCGCCAAACCUCUGCUCGAAGGGGAGUCGGGACCGUUCGUCGUCGUGGCGUUGCAGGAGUGUUCGCGCAUGAACGCGCUCUUGACGGAGAUCCGAAGAUCGUUAGUGGAGUUAGACAAGGGCUUGAAGGGACAGCUUAACAUGUCGCAGAGUAUGGAGGACCUUGCAACAGCGUUUGGCCUCAACGAAUGGCCAGGCCGGAACCCGUUUGCACAGUGCGCGUGGGAGAAACUGGCCUGGCCUUCCAAGAAGAAUUUGCUGAGCGAGUUCAUAGACAUGCUCAGGCGCAUCGCGCAGCUUGUCGCGUGGUCGGAAGAUCUAGUGACGCCGCAGUGCGUCUGGCUCCCGGGAUUGUUCAACCCCACGGCCUACCUCACAGCCGUCAUGCAGGUCACCGCUCGCAGCACCGGGUCUCCACUGGACAAGAUGACGACGGAAACACACAUCAGCACAUUCAUGGAGCCGCAAGAGGUAGACUACUAUCCCCAGGACGGAGCAUUUGUCAGCGGGCUCUACAUUGAGGGAGCUAGGUGGGCAACUGGGGAGGAGGCAGGAGACCCGGAGGUGAUUACCGGUACGCCGUGUGCAGGCAACCUGGUUGACAGCCGCUUGAAGGAGCUCUUGCCGGCUCUACCUGUCGUUUACGUCAAGGCAGUUCCAGUUCAGUCUUCGUGGGAGCCAUCAGCCGUGGGAUACAUUCGCCACGAUCCCAAGAUUUACGAGGCACCCGUAUACAUCACAAGCUUCAGAGGACCCACGUAUGUCUUCCUUGCAACCCUCAAGACAGAAGACCCCGUCAGCAAAUGGACUCUGACGGGCACUGCGGUUCUACUGCAAACGGAUGAUUGA